AUGAUGAAAAAAUUAAUAUAUCAAAAUCAACAAUGUCAAUUAUUAUUUAAUAAUAAUGAAAUAGAACAUUAUCAAAAGCUUUAUGAUUCAUUAAAUCACAAACAAUUGAAUAAUGACAAAUUAAUUUCAGCAGUAAAUAUAAACGAGAAAAAACCGAUGAUGAAAAAUACAAGUGGCAAUGAUUGGGAUACAACAAUUCAUCGAAUUAAUAAACAUUCUUACAUAGUUUCUAUUGAUAAAUUACAACUAGAAAAAGAAUUUCAUUCAGAAAAAUCAACAUUAAAAGAUAUUCAUACAGAACUUAUACAUAAUCGAGAAAAUCUUUUGACAAGUCAAGGAUUUAUUCAUAUAAAAGAAUAUGCUCUUGACGGUUAUGAAUGUCGAUGUCAUGAACAUAAAGAUGCAUUAACUGAUGACGAGAUUAAUAAUAAAAAACAUUUAAUUGAUUAUAAACUAGAAUUUUAG